AUGAAGUUUCCAAUUUCCACUCUCUUGCUCUCUUCCUUUUGCCUUUUCUCUUGUUCAUAUGCUUUCAACAUCACCGACAUACUAAGCAACUACAAAGAUUUCAGUACCUUCAAUGACUACUUAACGCGAACCACAAUUGCUGAUCAGAUCAACAAACGAGACAGCUUAACAAUUUUUGUGGUCGACAAUGAUGGAAUGGGAUCGAUCACGAAGAAAUCACUAGACAUGGUCGCUAAACUUCUGAGCGUCCACGUUGCCCUAGAGUACUUUGACACCAAAAAGCUCCAACAAUUGCCAACGGAUGAGCCAACCAUUAUGACCACAUUGCUUCAAGCCAACGGCCAAGCAACUGGCCAGCAGGGUUUCUUGAAGGCCACCAUCGGUGGUAACAGCACCGCAGGAGAUGGAGUCUCUAUUUCUUCAGCUUCUAGUCCUGAUCAGAGCGCAAAUAUUGUCCAGAUGGUGACUAGCCAGCCGUAUAACAUUUCGGUGUUCCAAAUCAGCAAUGCAAUAGUGCCUAAUAUCAUCUCUCCACCAAUUGCAGCUCCUACUCAUAUGCCUACAUCUCCAGCGGAAAGCCCGGCCGACUCUCCCCACUCUCCAAAGGGUUUGUUGGACUCUCCCAAUGCUGCUCCAGGUACCGGUACUGCAGAUGGUUCCGGUGCAGCCUCUCCAGAUGGCAAGUCUAAGUCAGCUGGGACACCAGUGUUUUCUAUCAGCUACGCUUAUACAAAGAAAGGAGUAAACUUUGCUACAUUGAUCGAUCAAAGUACAUGCAAGCAACCUCUUAGCUCUCUCUUGAUUGGAGGGAGGUUGCCAGAGGUGGUUUCUCAAUGCUUCACCAAUGUGAAUUUACGAAUAUCUCUAAUGCUUUCUUUGAUCAGAGCAUUUCAGCACUGCUCUUCAUUUGUAUGA